CACCUCAACAUCCCCAGCAUUCAGAUUUACCAAGCCUCUCUUCGACAAACGCUUCACAAAUUUUACACAUCUAUUUGCACAACAAUCCUUACUAUUGCUAUAUCCAUAGCCGAAAAUUCGAAAUGCCUUCCACGAGAUCCAGUCAACCGGCCAGCGAUGCCCUUUCCAGAACGUCAACAAUGGCACCUCGCGUCGGCUUGACCACCAGAGUCUCCACCGCGUUAUCUAAAGCUAGCGAGGAGAAAUUACGUAGCAUACUGUUCGAUAUGUGCGAGCAGGUUCCGGGCGCAGAUGAUUUUGUUCGCCAGAGAUGUGUUCAGAAACCGAUGGCGCGGGCACCGGAGGAUAAAGCUGCGGCUACACCAAAGACGUUAUCGCAAGGCAAUCUUUCGAAGUUGCAACAACAUUUGGGGAACUCGAGUCCUUUGGCGAAAGACCCGGAUACUCUUGCCGUAACAAAUGAUACACCAAAGCGGAAGAUCGACGUUGGUGGAGAGUUUGAAAGAUCGGAGCCUAAGCGCAGAGCUGUGAGGCAAUCGAUACUUGCUUCGAAGGGAAACAGGAGAAAGAUCACCAACGGGGAGGUAUGCCAGAAUUGCGGAGGAGAUCCCUAUAGUAGUGAGGGAUGCUGCAAACAGAGAAGCAUGGAUGGAUAUAAGUGAGUUUUGAUCCAUGUUGCUAGAACUGUCAUUAAUAAUUAUUUAGAAUCGAGCAAGCUGAAAACUUUCUUAGUCGUCCUAAGAAAGCCCGUUUUGCAGCGACGGUUCAACGGAUGUGUGAGAAUUGCUUGGGGGUAUUUUCAGAUGACGACGACGGAUGUUGCAAAAACAGAUACUAAUAAUUUAUACGACCUAAUUACGAGAGGAAUGCGACGUAGGUCGGCCGUAUCAAAUUAUGACUUCUCAUCUGACGAAAUUUAGGACAACCAAAUACCCAGACUUAUUACUUAUAUUGAUGCUACAUUGUUCAUAAUUAUUAUACCUUUGUUUCUUCAGCACAGUUGCUUUUCAUUGAGUAGUACGAUUUCCUACUUCAUCGCUUCUAGCUUUGUGUUUCA